AUAGAAGCUAUAUAAUUAAUGUUAGUUAACAAGAAAAUAUUGUUUGGAUAAAUUUCUGUUCUAUCGUUAAUUCAUUCCGUACGUAAUGACAUUGUCUUCUCGAUACACUCAAGAUUGAAAUAAACAGGGCCUCAAUUUAGAGGAUAAUUCCGAAACCGUAAGUGUUUAAUGGCAGGAGUAGUAAAUACUCACACUCGAGAUAGUUUCAACCAAACCUCAAUCUAUACUGCUGCGGUAUGCCAGGUUCCAUAGCAAGUUCAGCUCGACAUUUGAUUGAUUACACUACGGAUGAGGACUCAUCGCUCAAUAUAGAUUCAGAUCUUCGCCUCCGUACUGUCAGAUCUGCGACAGGAUCUAUACGUGAAGCCCAUAGACACGAUAAGCGGAGAGAAUCUAAGAGAAAACGUUUGAAAGAGAAACUAAAGAAAGCUGCGAAACCGAAAUUUAAAAAGGAGUCUCAGCCUCUUGAAGGCAAGCGACGUAACGUCUAUGCCAACAUACCACUACCAGCUUCUGAACUAAACAAAUCUGGAGAUCCACUCGUUAAAUACCCACGGAAUAAAGUCAGAACAGCUAAAUACACUUUGAUUACUUUCAUACCAAAGAAUUUAUUAGAACAAUUUAGGAGAGUUGCCAACAUAUAUUUCUUAGUCUUGGUUAUAUUGCAGAUAUUCCCGAUAUUUGGUGCGACAACACCACAAGUCGCUAUGUUACCACUCGUUGCUAUCCUCGUAAUAACCGGGAUUAAGGACGCUAUUGAAGACUAUCGACGAAAUGUCUUGGAUAAUCAAGUCAAUCAGUCUAUUACGACCAAGUUGCAAAACUUUAAAAACGUAAAUAUACCUUCAGAUGAUAGAAGUUUAUUUGCCAAACUUUUUAAUAUCUCCAAACGACCAAGUAGGGGUGUUAGAAAGCUACAAAAGAGUUCAUUUGAUUUAUCAGACAAUGUUCUCUACAAAGAUGGAAAUAAAGCUGAGACUAUGACUUCUCUUACACCAUCUAUCAAAUCGAUUGGUGUGGUUGAUUAUUCAAAUCAAACACCCGGGAUCUCAAAAUGGGAGAGAACAUUUUGGAAGAAGUUACGAGUUGGUGACUUUGUUUUGCUACGAGAGAAUGAUCAGAUACCGGCAGACUUAGUCCUGCUCUCCACAUCUGAUAGCGACGGUAUGGCUUUUGUAGAAACUAAGAACCUCGACGGUGAAACCAACUUGAAGCCUAAGAAAUGCCUGAAAGCGACAUCUGGAAUGUCAUCAGAGGAAGACAUCGAACACUCAAAGUUCUUGAUAGAUAGUGAGCCGCCAAAUGCUAAUUUGUACUCCUACAAUGGUGUACUUCGAUACCAGUCGAGAAAGAAUGACAAUAGUAUGAUUAUGCAAGAUGCAGUAGAACCUGUAACGGCAUCUGAACUGCUUCUUCGAGGUUGCUCGCUUAGAAAUACUCAAUGGGCCAUCGGUAUCGUUGUUUUCACAGGUAGCGAUACCAAAAUCAUGUUGAAUGGUGGUGAAACGCCAUCCAAACGCUCCAAGAUAGAGAAAGAGACCAACUUUAAUGUUGCGAUGAACUUCAUCAUCCUUAUUGCCAUGUGCUCUAUCGCGGCUGUUGCUAAUGGUGUAUACUGGGAUAGUGAUAGUUCGAGCUCGAGAUAUUACGAGCCUAAUGCGAUGAUGGACUCGAGAGUACCUAUCAAUUCACUCAUUACUUUCUGCGCUUGCUUGAUAGCUUUCCAGAAUAUUGUUCCAAUCUCACUUUAUAUUUCUAUCGAAAUCGUUAAAACUAUUCAAGCAUUCUUUAUCUGGCAGGAUCUUGCCAUGUACUACCCUGAACUGGAUCAUCCCUGUGUUCCAAAGAGCUGGAAUAUAUCUGAUGAUCUCGGUCAAAUAGAAUAUAUUUUCUCAGAUAAGACAGGUACACUCACACAAAAUGUUAUGGAAUUUAAGAAAUGCUCUAUAGCAGGCAAGCCAUACGGAGAGGGUAUAACGGAGGCCAUGCUCGGUGCUGCUAAACGUGAAGGACGUGAACUCAAUUUCGAUAGUGAGCAGCACGCUUUUCAUAUGGCAGAAUUGAAGAAAGGAAUGAUGGCAGAAAUGAAGAGAGCAUUCAAUGAUAAGUACCGCCAAGAAGAGAAUUUGACUCUAGUUGCACCUGAAUUAGUCAAUGAUCUUGUAGCGUCUGACCGUCGACACUCAAUCUAUCAAUUCUUCAGAGCAUUAGCACUCUGUCAUGAUGUUAUUGCAUCUGCACCAGAUGUUUCUAAACCACAUGUAUUGGAGUACAAAGCUCAGUCGCCAGACGAAGCAGCCUUGGUUGCGACAGCCCGAGACAUGGGAUUCGCAUUCGUUAAUAGGACUAACACAGUCAUUGAAUUGAAUGUAUGUGGAAAUGUAGAGAAGUAUACUCCACUCAAAAUAUUGGAAUUCAAUUCAUCGAGAAAGCGUAUGAGUGUUAUUGUCAAAACGAUGGAUGGACGAAUUCUCUUGCUUUGCAAAGGUGCGGACUCAAUUAUUAGCGAAAGGUUGCGCCCAGAUCAUGACAAGGCUUUACUCAAUGAAUCAAUGAAAGAUCUUGAUAACUUUGCUAAUGCUGGUUUGAGAACUCUCCUCGUGGCUCAACGAGAGGUCUCGCGGGAGGAGUAUGAACAUUGGGCGAUCCAAUACGAUGAAGCUGCCGCAUCUGUAGAAGACAGAGAGGAAGAAAUAGAAAAGAGUUGUGAUAUAAUUGAACGUAAUUUAGAAAUUCUCGGUGCUACAGCUUUAGAAGAUAAAUUACAACAAGGCGUACCAGAUGCUAUUCAGACUUUACACAAAGCGGGUAUAAAAUUAUGGAUUUUAACAGGAGAUAAAGUGCAAACCGCUAUCGAAAUUGGUUUCAGUUGCAAUUUAUUAGAUAAUAACAUGGAAAUGAUGAUCUUAUCAGCUGAAAAUAGUCAAGAUACAACUAUGCAGAUUGAAUCAAGCUUAAACAAAUUGCAAUCAAGUGAAGGUGGAUAUAUGUCUCAAAAGUAUGCUGUCAUUAUUGAUGGUGAGACACUUAAGCAUGCCUUGAAUCCUGAAAAUAAGAACUUAUUCUUGAAUCUUGGUACGCAAUGCGAGACUGUACUUUGUUGCAGAGUGUCACCAUCGCAGAAAGCUCAAACUGUUAGUAUGGUAAAAGAGGGCAGGAAAGCCAUGACGCUGUCUAUUGGUGAUGGUGCAAACGACGUUGCGAUGAUCCAAGAGGCCAACGUUGGUAUCGGUAUUGCUGGUCUCGAAGGUGCACAGGCGUCGAUGUCUGCAGAUUAUGCAAUUGGUCAAUUUAGAUAUCUCACGACAUUAUUGCUUGUUCAUGGAAGAUGGUCUUACAUUAGAAUAGCUGAGAUGCACGCCAAUUUCUUCUUCAAGAAUAUCAUUUUCACUUUGAUCAUGUUUUUAUACUUGAUCUACAGUUCUUUCGACGCAACAUACCUCUUCGAGUAUACGUAUAUCAUGUUCUACAACUUGCUUUUCACAUCCUUGCCAGUCAUCAUUAUGGGUGCUUUCGAGCAAGAUGUUAAUGCAGCUGCAAGUUUAGCUUUCCCGCAGUUAUAUAAACGUGGUAUACAAGGAUUAGAGUAUACUAGGACGAAAUUCUGGCUAUACAUUAUCGAUGGAUGCUAUCAAGCUUGCGUAUGCUUUUUCGUCGCUUAUGGUGCUUACAUAGAUGGUGCGACACAGAGUUACAGUGGUCGUGAAGCCGGCAGUCUCUGGGAGAUUGGUGUUACGAUCUGUUGUACUUGUGUGUUGUGCGCCAACGGGUAUGUGGGAUUGAAUAGCAAGUAUUGGACUUGGAUUAUCUGGACUGUUAACAUCGUCACAACAUUAUUGGUAUUUAUAUGGACAGCAUUAUAUUCGGCAUUCGAAGGACAGAAUUUCCAUGGCGAGGUCAUUGAAGUGUUCUCAUCUGCAACAUUUUGGUUCACAGUGAUCGUCACCCCCGUGAUAGCACUCGCGCCGCGGUUUAUAAUCAAGCUUGCACACAAUACCUACAGACCAAUGGACAAGGAUAUUAUACGUGAACGUUGGAUUAUGGGUGACCUCAAGGACGAGUUGGGUCUUAAGCAUAGACGGGAGAUAGAACAGGAAGAACGUGAACGGAAACAGACACUAGAAACAAUAUCUGAAGAUGUAGAGAUGAACGUGCGACAAAAUCACACCUCAAUAGCAUCUUUUGGGUUAAAUGUCGACCAUGAACAGUCAAGAGAUCUUCCGAAACUCAACACUGACGUAAAUUACGAACCCUACCAAGAUGGUUUCUCGCCAGAUGCAGAGUCGCGGCUGCAACUUCCACCAUCUGCUAUAUCUCAGAAUUCACCACGGUCUGUGACUUCGUCUCGGACUACACCCUAUAAUGUCGCUGCGGGUACGGUGUCGGAGCUGGAUCUCAAAGGGAAUUACAGGUCGUACGAUGAAUAUCCUCCGACAUCACCUAUACGCUUCUCGUCGAAGAACCCAUUUAAUGAAUCUAACGAACCUCUCGUGUAAAGAAGAACAAUUUAUAGUGUCUUGUGAAACUUG